AUGAGUGCUCCUCUGCAACCUAUCACUAUCCGUGGUCGCUACUUAUGGCAAGGACAGAAACGCUUCAUCGUGCGCGGUGUAGUGUAUCAAGACAACGCUCUUGACCGGCAACCAUAUGACCCUAUCACAGAUGAAGAACUUCCAAGGCUCCGGCACGAUGUUGCACUGUUCAAAGAACUGGGUGUAAACACCAUUCUCGUCUACAAGAUCGAGUCCUCUAAACCGCAUGCACAAGCCAUGAAAUUGCUCGAAGACGCAGGCAUAUAUGUUCUCACACAGGCCUAUCCACUUCUAAGAGGCAUCAAUCGUUUCGACCCAUAUGGCUCUUAUAAUGCUGAGAAUGUGCAAUCCUAUUUCAGAACAAUCGAUCUUAUGGCAUCUUUCCCAAAUACGCUGGGUGCCUUUGUCGCUAAUCGACUGAUCAAUUCAUCAAUGAGCGACGAGGCUUCCAGAGACUGCACACUCGUCAUCGCGGCUGUCGUCCGAGACGUGAAGAAAUACAUGCAUCUCAAGAAUCAGACAAGAGGACAACGUAUUCUGCCUAUUGCCUAUGGAGCCGACAAUGAUGGGUCCCGCGAUAGGCAGAUCUUCGAGUAUCUGCGUACAAGGGAGCAGUCUGAGCGGAUAGACUUCUGGACAUUCACAAAAUACACCUGGAACACAACCUUCUCAACUUCACAAACAGAAUCAUCGAACGACUUGACUACACCCUUCACCCACGCCAACAUCCCCAUCUUCCUCUCCGAAUACAGCUCCAAAUUCCCCUCUCCUCCCCCAACCGAACCCGUGCAAACUCCAAACGCACCACCUUCCCACUCCUCCUCCUCUGCCACAAAAACCCUCCUCACCUCCCCAACAACAACCCACCUCUCCGGCGGCUGCCUCUACGAAUUCAACCACAGCUCCAAUAACUACGGUCUCAUUCGCCUCCUCCCAAACACUCCAGGUUUUCCGCCAGGCUUCCAAGGCUCGAAUCUCGAAACCGAGAGACAAAAUGCUGUAGAACAGAGACAAACAGAAUUAGGAAUUGUUUUGAUUAUGCAGGAAUUCGUUGAUUAUCGAGAGACGUUGAAGGAUUUGAGAGAGCAUGAAGAAAGUGAUGUGGAGGAAGCCGAGAUGUCGGACAGAAGCAACGUGGCCGAAGAGCGAGAGGAAGGAAUUGGGGGUCCCAGACCGAGUGGAGUCACUUCUCCAACAACUCCACACGCAAUAAUGCCCGAGCAAGGCGAAAGCAGUAGUUUUAGAAUUACGGGUGAAGUGCCAGAGAGUUGUAUUGAUUGGGAAGAGGAAAGAGCUCGAAUGGAGUCAGAUGAGUAG